CGAACUGAGGGAAGCAGUAGUACAGUGUCAGACAAUUAUUUAAAAGAAAUUGUCAUUGAAGUCCAUACAGUCUGUUUUGGUAGAGACAAAAAAAGAACUCUGAAAACCAAAAGAGUAAAGUUUUGGAGGAUAAUUUAAAUGGAAACAGACACUUAUCAUGUCUCUGUGGAAAAACUGCAGACAGGAGGAGUGUUUAUUUUAAGGAAGGGGCACAUUAAUAAGAGAAGUGACAAGUUCCUAGCUUGUAAAUAGAGAAGGGAGAGAAUCAGCUUGAACUCUUCGGAGCAUCAGUAUGAAAGUUUGUCACAUUUUGUUCUGCGUCAUCUUCCUCCACCUGCAGGACGGAAACACUGGACUUGCCAACGCUGAAACUCUCGUCUAUGAAGGAGUGGAAGGAGGAAACAUCACAGUCAAAUGCAAAUUUGUGAUCCUUGGAAGAAAGACAUUGUUCUGCAAAGACAAAUGUGAAACUGGAAACAUUCUCAUUGAAACACCUGAUUACACAGCCCAGAGCGGCAGAUACAGCAUCAAAUAUGAAAAAAAAAAUUUCUCAAAGGAUAUUGUGCAUGCCAGCAUCACACAGCUGAACAAGUCGGAUUCAGGACGGUACAGCUGCACACUGGACACAAGUUUACAACCAUGUGAUUUCCAGCUUGUCAUCACAGGAGCUUCAGACACUCCAACACCUCAUGAGCCUUUAUCAACAUCAACAUUUCUCUUAUCAGCUUCCACAACAACAACAACACACUUCAGUUCAGGAAGCUUCACACCUUCAUCAACCUCUCCUGAAACACCAUCAUCAGGCUCAGAUAAGCUGCUUUACAUGAUUCUGACUCUGGUUCUUAUGAUCAUCGUCUUAUCAGCAACUUUGCUGAUUUUCUACAAGAACAGGAAGGCCAUUAAACCCAAAGGACCUCCUGUGGAAACAGAGUAUGCCAACAUUACACGGGCCAAGCAAGAAAUAAGAGAAGGGCCCCCACAGAGGAAGAUGGAAGUGUCUUCAAUUUACACCACUGCAAAAGGCCCCCAACCAGAUGGAGCUGAAAACAUCGACCUCUACAACCUCACCACCUGUUCUCAGAACAAAGCUGAAGACGACAUGAAUAAAGUUAAUUAUGCUGAAGUGGAUUUUUCCAACAUUCCUGCCACCAACAACACAUCCUGUAGUAAAACGGAUGAAGUCGUCUACUCCACACCUCUGGUACAUACCAGCCCUUCCAACCUCACCACAGAUGCUUCACCUCCUCUGUACUCUGCAGUUAAGAAACAGUUUUAAUGCUGUUGAUGGCACUUUACCUCUCACAAAGAUCAACAAGUGAUUAUAAUUCAGACAAAACUGAAUGUUCUUUUCUGUUUAUUGCAAAUAUUAAUGUGCUUUCAAUCAGUUAAUCUCAGGUUAAAAAUGUUUCUUUAUGGUAGUUGAUAGUUUAGUUUAACUUAACAGAAAACUAAUCCUGUUAUUUCCAUUAAUAUUUCCAUAGAAACUCUGUAGGACAGAUUUAAUGAAACAGUUGCAUAAAGCUCUGCAAACUGACCUGUGAGUAGUACAUUGCAUUUAGCUGUUGUAUUUCCAGAUAGUAAUCCUAUAACCAAGCCUGUGUCUGUAAUCAUGCAGCAUUAUUAGAGAUCCCUAAUUGUAUUUUUUACUGUGGCUAACAGUCUGGAUAGAGGUUUACCUCAAGACCAUUCUGUCUCAACUCAUGCUCCAUAACUGUGGCUAACGGUGUGCAUGGUUAAUCAUUUUAAAAGCAUUUAUUUUAAUCAAAUAGUAGUUUGUUUGUUUUUUACCAGACCUGAAAAAACUGAUACUAAAAAGAAACAAAUUAAGGAAGCUGCAAAACAAAACAAAAACAAAGAAAUUGUUAUUAUAUUAUGUUAUUAUUCCAGUUUACUCUCACCAAAGCCAUCCUGGUCCUAAACAACUUUUACCUGUGUAUAAAAUCACAGCAGAAAUAAACUGUGACCUGCUACAAGCAGGUGGUUGACAAACUGUCAUGGUGGCUACAUCCAUCUUUCAUAUACAUUAUUUAACCUUCAAGGACCUGACAUCCACAUAUGUGGAAAAUACAUUUUGGGUUGUCGACAUCAAAAUACCCAAUUUUGCUCUACAAGGGCCAGAGAUCCACUUACGAGGACAUUAUACUGCCGCUGUUCUAUCGAAAUUUAAAACGAAUGUCCUCUUAUGUGGAUCUCAUUUUUCUCAGAAACAAAAAUCAGGUAUAAAAAAAAAUAAUCAGGUAAUUCUUUGUUUUUACAUUCAUCAGGUCCCAAUCAGUCUAAAUAAGGCUCACAUAUCAUUCACUUACACUGAGAGUAACUAAAUACGUAUUACUAUAUAAUAUUAAUAAUAUUACAUUAUUAUUUUUCUGAGAUAUUGCAUUUGCACAUAUGUGUUCUUAUUUAAAAUUGGUUUUACAUUUAUGUUUUAAUAUGUGGGGAUAGGUUAAUUGGAUAAUCCAAAUUGCCACUAGGUGUGAAUGUGCGAGUGAAAGUGAGUGCGAAUGGUUGU